CCUACACUUACACUUGCACUUACACGAAUACUCACACUUUUACACUUACAUGCCCGCGCAUCUAUAUUCCCACUCGCAUUCAAAUACAUACUGGCAUAUGCUUACAUUCAUUCCAGAUAUACACAUACACCUCUUCUAUAAAGAUUAACAAGUUCAUCUUCCACUAAAAUCCCCUUGAGUCUACCACCUGAGAAAGUUUCGAUAUGGAAGCUUCUACCAGUACUCGGGGUCGAGGCCGAAAGCGUCUCGCUAUCACUGCUCCCUCUUCCUCCAACAUCUCAUCCGAGGCCAACGAAGGCUCCUCAUCUAUCACGCCUGUUGCUAGUAUGGCCCCUUCAGCUCUCAUCCUUGAGACACCCAGCCCGUCUGCAGUCAGAGAGACUAGAAAUCGCUCUCGCCAAACCGAGCCCGGUAAUGGCUCUCCUGAUGAUUUGAGCAGCAAGGGCGGACGCUCUUUGAGAAAGCGUCCACGAGUGGAUUACACAUUCGAUCAACUAGAGGACAUCGACAGCACAAAUGCUCAAGCAACACCUGGCGCUACCCGCUCAGUGAAGCGACGACGAACUGAUAUAAGUUCAAACGAGGUUGAGAUCGACGAAGAGGUCGAGUCCGGCACUAAAAGACGUGCUUCGGAACAGCCUACAUCAGCAUCUUCCCGCAGACGCAACCCGACUAGAAAGUCUACCGCGGAGCCUCAGAUGCUCGCGUCUGAACCUCAGGCGGAUGAGGUCGAAGUCCAAGAUACCAUUGAAGUUGGCGGACACCAUAGCGAAGCAUCAGAUGAAUCGCAUAAUUCCAUGCCCCAACAUGCUUCUAUCACUCAACAAACCUCCACCCUUCACCAAACCCCAGCAAAUAAUGAUAAUUCUAUUCCCCAGACCACUUCUGUCUCGCAAAACACUCUUGCGAUUGUUCCUUAUCAUAGUACGAACUCAGAAGUCUCUAACGGCGUCAAUGGAGAAGAAGGGGCUAUAUCUCAACUAUCAAAAGGCAAAGGAAAGAGCACUGCAAAGGACCAGACAGCUGGCCAGGAAGAAAUAGAAAUCGAAGAAAUCGAAGACGAAGAAGUCCGAGAUGACUCUCUAGACCAUCUAACCCCUUACAUCGACGGCGCCUAUGUCUACUACCCAGAGUAUGAGGAGGAUGAGCCCGAAGCUGAAAUGGAUCCAGAACAAGAGGUGGAAGCUGGGGUUGAAGCUGAGGCUGAACCCAAUGGCGAAGCAGACCCCGAAGUUGACGGAGAGGUCGAGCUCAACGCGGCCAAGGAAGUAAUUGCCGAGGACCAAGGAGACGGCCCUGCAGAAGAAACUCCUGCAGAUAGUGCUGCAGAUUCGCCUUCUAUGGAAUCAGAGUUACAAACUCAGAAGCCCGUCGAUAGAUUCCAAAAGAGAUUCCGCCAGGCCAGAAGUGCAGAAGAGUUCACCGAGUUGUUCACGGACAUUAAGUCACUAUCCACCAAAGACCUACAUUACCGACUAGAGGUUGUGAACCGUGCUCUAGUAGCGUGGCAAAAUGAAUUCAAGGACCUCAAGCGUAUCACGGACGACGAAGAUAAUGCAAUUCGUUACCAGAGAGAAGAGCAGGCUUUCCAGCGGCGCUACAAGACCGCCGUGGGAAAAAAUCCCGAUGCCAAUCCACUCAGAAAGGAUUUCGUCCCUAAAAGUGUUAGAGUCAAGCAUCCAGAAGACCCAGAAGCUGAGUACAUUCGACAACAAGACAGGAUUGAGGCGAGUGUCUACGGAUUUGAAUAUGAUCCUCGAGCAGACCGAAUGGGCAACCAGGACCCAAUUGCACAACGGACAGGCAUUGGCCGCGCAGGAAGGCUUCGCGAACGACCAAAGCAGACCGCCAAGGCGGCAGAAGCUGAAGAACCUGUCUUGCCACCGAAACGAACCAGGAAAGCACCAGAGAAGUAUACUGGAGGUGAUGCCAUUAGCAGAGGCUCUACCCCAGCACCAACCCAGCGUCGAGGCCGGCGCGGUGCCCAGGUUCAGGAGAAUGGUGACGAAGUCCAAUUACUAGCUCCAGCUGCGACUGUAAAUGUCCCCGCAUCAGCUGCAGAGGCAGAACCUCCAAAGAAAAAAGGAAAGGGUGGCCGUCCGCGUAAAAAUCAGGUUAAAGAACCUACUCCCAUAUUGGAGGAGAUAGAAGCGCCAGAGGCUAUUCCAGAACCGGAAGCUGAGCCUGAGCCUACCAACAAAUCGCGACCAAAGGCAAAACCCAAGGCAAAGUCCAAAGCAAAGCCCAAAGCGACGCCUACGCCUGCUGUAGAGCCUACGCCUGAGCCACAGUCUCCACCCAAGAGAAAAGCCGAGACCGUUGAAGAAGAGUCAUCUCGAAAGCGUCGGCGUCGAGGUCCUGCUUCUGUAUCUACCUCUAGUCCCCCCCCUGCCCCUGCCCUCUCCAUGGCCGCAGAAGAACAAGGCGUAUCAAAUGGCACGGAGAUAGGACCUCCUGCAAAGCCAAUUGGUCGUCGAAAUAAUUCGCGAAAGCCCUCAAAUGCUGCGGCUUCUUUUAGUAGUAGUCCUACUACUUCCUCAAAGAAUGAUGCGGAGGAACCUCGCCCUCCAACGGCAUCAUCAACAGCAACGGCUGAAACGACCGUUUCCACAAGCAACUAUUCGUUCCGCGAGAAACGUCAGAGAAAAUUUACCAACGAUAUUCCUGAUGAGGACUUGAUUGAGCUACCCAAGGCCAAGCGGGUGCGGCGAGCUGCUCCAACGAAAAAGGUCAAGACCGAAGAGACGGCUCCUAGUAUGGAGCCACCUCCAGAGCAGUCACAGGGUCCUACCGCACCAACAGCGGAAAAGCCGCCCACUCGAAUUGUUCUGAAAUACAAAAAUAGCCCUCUACCCGGAUUUGCAUCGACAACUUCAGCUGCUCCUCAGUUAACCUCAAAUGCAGCUGCGAACUCAACCCACGCGAGUGGGAUUCUGAACGGAGGUGCCAACAGCCACGGCACUGUUAAUGGAGCUUUGGAAGCUGUCGGGGGUGACGAGGAUGCCGAGGCGGAGGCCGAACCCGCCAAGGACUACAACUCGAUGACAAAGUCGGAGAAGAUGUCAAACAGCAUGAAAGCUCGUUGGGCAUCAGGGUCUAUGAACGCGGCGGUAGAGAAGCGUCGGGCGACUCUAGCUGCGAAAAAGCAGAUCGCGGCCACCAAAACGCCUACACCAACGAAUGGUGUGGCCCCCGAGGCCACAUGAUCGCCUCACCACCACGACCGGAAACGAAUUAUAAAAAAUAUGACCUCCUAACAACAUAAUUCGACUCGUCUCCUAAUUUUCUCCGCCCUCGGCCUUUCCUCCCGCCCCGCCUCCUUCCCACUAUACAGGGCGUGACGGCCCAGAAGGGAGGGAGGAAGGGCUGGGGGCGCCAAACGACGGGUACUGCUCAUCGGUAGUGUGUGCGUCUUACGCAGCACACUACUAG